UCGGGGCCGCGGGCCGGCCUGCCGGGGUGACGGGCGGUGGGGUUCAGCCCCAAGCCAGAGGGAGACGCUUCAUAAAGCUGCGUGCCGGCUCGUUGCGGCGGCCGGGGUUACGGGCCGUCAGAAGCGAUCGCAUUAAAAUAGGUUAUGCGCUGUAAAUUGAGCCGUUGAGGAGGUGAGAGCCGGAGGAACCGCUCCGAUCGUCCUUCUUUCUGAAUUGCAGUUUUAGUUCCUCGCAGUUCUGCGGCGCAGAAGUAGGUGAGCCCGCAGUCGAUCCCUCAGAGCGCUUUACCCCCCGAGCGCCGCUCUGCCGGAGCGCCAUCCGUGUUAAACGCCGGACGGGAGGCUGUCGGAGCCCCGCGCCGCACGAGGACUCUCCCGCUCCGGAGGUCCGCGCUGCCCGAGCGCAGCCCCGCGAUGAUGGUGCUGGAGCAGGACGACGGUGUGCCGAUGUUAUCCGUACAACCCAAGGGGAAGCAGAAGGGCUGUGCUGGCUGCAACCGGAAGAUCAAGGACCGGUACCUGCUGAAGGCCCUGGAUAAAUACUGGCACGAAGACUGCCUGAAGUGCGCCUGCUGCGACUGCCGUCUUGGAGAGGUUGGAUCAACCCUUUACACAAAAGCAAAUCUCAUCCUUUGCCGCAGAGAUUACCUGAGGCUCUUUGGUACCACCGGGAAUUGCGCUGCCUGCAGUAAGCUGAUCCCUGCCUUUGAGAUGGUGAUGAGGGCCAGAGAUAAUGUUUACCAUUUGGACUGCUUCGCCUGUCAGCUCUGCAACCAGCGGUUCUGUGUGGGAGACAAGUUUUUCCUGAAGAACAACAUGAUCUUGUGUCAGAUGGACUAUGAGGAAGGGCAGCUGAACGGGAGCUUCGAGUCCCAGGUUCAAUAGCGAUCCCUGCUUCGCUGGAGCACUGUGGAUGGGCGCCGGGCCGCGCCAGCAGCCAGCCGUCUGUCAGCUUGCCUGCAAUAUUUUUUUAAUUCUGGUCCAGAGAGGACUAUAUACAUUGUAGUACUUUCCCCCCACCCCCAACACAAAGCAGUUACAAUUUUAGAUGUACAGUUGUGCCUGCUUAGCUGAGCACUGCAUUGCCUGUAUGUUUGUGAGUUUCCGGGGUCUGGGGGAGGGCUCUGUACAGUCUGUUUUCUGUAUAUAAACUGGAACAUUUAUUUUAUGAAAAAUGUAAUGCAAUUUUAUUACUGGUGUGAAUUAAAAAUUAUGAAUGUUU